AACUUUGGUGUAGGAUAGACGUAGGGGCUCCCAGCGCCGAACCUUUGCAACAUGGCAAAGCGGAAUUCUAAACGCGAGCCCGUAAAGGAGAUUGAGGAAGUGGCUUCUGAGGAUGAGGAUGAACUAGAUGAGCUUGAAUUGGAUGGCGACGUGAGCGACACAGAAGAUGAACGCGCCGACGACGGCGAGGCGGACGACGAGGACGAGGCGGGGGACGUUGACGCCGAGGGCAAUGAAGAUGAAAUUGAGGAUGCGAUGCUGGAGCUGAUGGCGGCCCAAGCGGAGGAGGCGCAGCGGAGGGCCGCCGCCAGAGCGGCGUCUGGAAGGCCUGAGGCCAGCACUCGCACUCAGGGCAAGUCACACGCGGGGGCGGCAGCUGCUGCCGUGGAGGGGACUGCUGCCCCGGAGGACGAGGCAGCUGACAACAGCUCGGAGGAGGACGCGGGGCCAGGCUCACAUGGCCCCGACCCCGGCUCUGACUCAAGUGAGGACGAGCGGCCCAACCGCAACACAGUGGGCAAUGUGCCGCUGGUGUGGUACAAGGACGAGGAACACAUCGGCUACGACAUUGAGGGUGCCCGCAUCACCAAGGCGCAGCGCAAGGACCGCCUGCAGCAGCUGCUGGACAGGAACGACUCCAAAAAGGCCCUGCGCACCAUCUAUGACCCCUACAACGACGAGGAGGUGACCCUGAGCAAGGAGGAGCUGGCCAUGGUGAUGCGCAUACGGGCCGGCCAGUUCCCGCACCUGGAGGUCAACCCGCACGAGACAGAGCACACCUGGUUCACAGACCCCCGGGACGCUGAGGUGAUGCCCAUCGUGGACCGGCCCGAGCCCAAGAGCCGCUUCGUGCCGUCCAAAUGGGAGGAGCAAAAGAUUGUGAAGCUGGUCCGCGCCAUCCGCAAGGGCUGGAUCAAGGUAGCGCCCAAGAAGACGCCCGAGCAGGAGGAGGAGGAGCGAGCAGCCGGCCCGCCCGCAUACCUGCUGUGGGCGGACGACGGCCUGACGGACGAGGCUGCGGCGAAGGCUGGCAGCGGCCUCACCUACAUCCCCGCGCCCAAGCUGCAGCUACCGGGGCACGCCGACUCCUACAACCCGCCCGCAGAGUACCUGCCAACAGAGGAGGAGGUGGCUGCCUGGCAGAUGGCCGACCCCGAGGACCGGCCCAAGGCACUGCCGCAGGCCUUCACCAGCCUGCGAGCCGUACCCGCCUACACCGACUUCAUCAAGGAGCGCUUCGAGCGUUGCCUGGACCUGUACCUGUGCCCCCGAGUGCGCCGGAAGAGACUGGACAUCAAGUCCCCCGAGCAGCUGGUGCCGCAGCUGCCCAAGCCCCGCGACCUGCAGCCCUUCCCCACCACCCUGGCGCUGGCCUACGAGGGCCACAUGGGCCCCGUGGCGUCCAUCGCGCCCGACCCCUGGACCGGCCAGUGGCUGCUCAGCGGCGGACAGGACGGGACAUUGAGGCUGUGGGAGGUGCGCACUGGGCGCUGCUGGCGCACGUGGGUGCUGGAGGGCCCGGUCAGUGCGGUGGCCUGGUGCCCGCAGGCCGGGCUGCGGCUGGUCAGUGCGGCGGUGGGCAACUGCGUGGUCCUGCUGCCCAGCGGCACGGGGCCGGAGGAGGCGGAGGAGGCGGCGGCGGAGGCGCUGCGGGUACCUGCUGAGGCGGCUGAGGCAGGGGAGGAGGCUCUGGCUCGCUGGGAGCCCUUCAGCUGCCGGCCCGUUUCCGGGGGGUCGGGUGGCGGCGAGGAGGCGAGCAGCAGCGGUGCGGGUCUGGCGGUGCGGCUCAGGUUUCCGGUGCGCUCACUGGCCUGGCACGGCCGUGGCGACUACUUCGCAAGUGUGGCGCCCACUGGAAACACACAGGCUGUGGUGGUGCACCAGCUGUCAAAGCGCGCCAGCCAGAACCCCUUCCGCAAGAACCGCGGCCGUGUGGUGCGAGUGGCCUUCCAUCCCACCAAGCCCUUCUUCUUCGUGGCCACACAGAACCACGUUCGUGUGUACAACCUGGCGAAGCAGGCUCUGGCCAAGAAGCUGCUGGGCGGCGGCGGCGUGCUGAGCUGCCUGGCGCUGCACCCGGGCGGCGACCACGUGCUGGUGGGCAGUGACGACAAGCGGGUGGCCUGGUACGACCUGGACCUCAGCACCAAGCCCUACAAGGCGCUCAGGUACCACUCCGCGCCGCCCCGCGCCGUGGCCUUCCACCGCUCAUACCCGCUGUUCGCCUCGGCCGCAGACGAUGGCACCGUGCAGGUGUUCCACGGCAUGGUGUAUGCAGACCUGCUGACGAACCCGCUCAUCGUGCCCGUCAAGAUCCUGCGCGGCGGGCACACAGUCACGGCCAGUGAGGGCGUGGCGGACUGCGCCUUCCACCCCACACAGCCCUGGAUUUUCACGGCGGGGGCGGACUCCAAGAUCCUGCUAUACUGCAACUAGGGAGUUAGGGCUGAGGAGGCGCACGGGGGGAAAGGGGGAUGUAAGAUUGGGAGGCAGGUGAGUGUGCUUGCCGCAGCAGGCAGGUGGUGGGCGUGCAAGGGCGACUGAGGCGCUGCACAGCGGUGCACGAGUGCACCAGCAGGCACAGUCCAGCCGGUCGUGAUGUACCGACUAUGUACCGACUAUGACUCUUGGAACUGUGCAAUUGUGCUUGUGUGCACUAACUUGACAGGCAAGGUGACAGCAGGGGUUGCUUUUUAUGGGCAAUUGACUUUAUCAUUGGUUGUCCCCGCGUCAGCGUCCAGACUUGAUCACCCUGGUACGCGGCCGGGCAUCGGUUUGUUUGGGUACGGAAGGGCACCACUUGCUGGACUGCUGCUUGAAACCUGUCGGGCCGUGGGGACUGUGGGGAGGCUUUGGCAGCGGAGCAUCAGCGCGGUAGUAGGGCCGGCCACGGCAUGUGGUGAAAGGGAACAUCCGGGUUGUUCGGCACGAUGGGUGAAUGCUGCCUUGGGAUCAAGGUUUGAGACUGGAGCAGCUUGUAGCGCGAGCUUGACGGCGGGGCUAGCAGCCUGUCGUGUGAUGUCGUGUCUGUGGUUUGCCGCUGCUGCAUACCCCCCCCCCUUGGGGUGGCUCUGCUGUGUGUGCUGUGCUGAGCGGUAGGUUGUUGCCGGUGCCUGUCGGGUGACUCAGUGCGUGUGACUCAGCGUGUCAAACCCGGUCCUGCAUGGGAGCCGCUACAGGCCCAGCGGGGGUAUGCCGGGCCAGCGAGUCCCUGACUCGCUGGUUGUGUUGCCAACAGCGCAAGCUAGCAGACUGUGUAUCAGACUGUGUCAACCAACCCAUCGCGAGCAUUAGCCUUGUCCGUUCCUUCGCUUCUGAAACGUUAGCAUCCCACUACGUUAGACUGCGUCAGCCUGCCUCGCGCCAGCAGCAGCAGCCAGCCUCCGUGGCUGAAUCGCUCAUCAUUGGUUGUCCCCGCGUCAGCGUCCAGACUUGAUCACCCUGGUACGCGGCCGGGCAUCGGUUUGUUUGGGUACGGAGGGCACCACUUGCUGGACUGCUGCUUGAAACCUGUCGGGCCGUGGGGACUGUGGGGAGGCUUUGGCAGCGGAUUGGAGACGGAGCAUCAGCGCGGUAGUAGGGCCGGCCACGGCAUGUGGUGAAAGGGAACAUCCGGGUUGUUCGGCACGAUGGGUGAAUGCUGCCUUGGGAUCAAGGUUUGAGACUGGAGCAGCUUGUGGCGCGAGCUUGACGGCGGGGCUAGCAGCCGGGCGGGAACGGUCCCAUGGGGCC